UGAGGGAUCGAGGGCGGAACGUCAGUCGCGGGGUUGCAGCGAGAUCGAUUAAAUCAGCAUGGCUACAGCAUAUCACCAAGAAGCCCUUCGCAAACAGAGGAUUUUGGAGCGGAAAAAGGAAGCAGCAAUUCGCAUGGAGGCUGAACGGCAGGGUAUUUUUGAGCCCGGCCCCGCUCUUCCAGCACACAGCUUAAACCCUCCUGUACAGACUGACACCUACGGAACUAACAGACCUGGUUUGAAACCUGACAUCAUGGACGACGCUCUCAUUUUCAGUGAGAUCACACACGACCCAAACUUCAAGUUUAGAAUUCGCAAAGAUGAGAAGGAACCCCCAAUACAUGUUAAUCCAAUAUAUCGCAUCAUGUACCCUAAUGCCCUGAGAGUGGUCAAUCCUAGUGAUGCCACUCAGUAACAUACUGGACAAGUUUCGCGUGAAUGAUGAAGGCUUCAAAAAUCGCUUUCGAAAUAGAGCUCAUUUGAGUCCACAUGUUGACAGGGUUUAUAAGGUUUUGUAUGCGGAAAAUUGUGACAAUGCUGAUUACUCUAUGAACG